GUGAACCUCGGUUAUAUAAAUAUUUUUUACAAAAAUUAAGAAAGUCUAUUUUGUGUAACUAAGGUCCACUCUACCCCGCACAAAAACUGAUAGACUUUUUCGAAGAAAAAGCAUACGCCCUUUUUUUCAAAUACGACUUGGAUUAGCAGGCCUAUAUAAGAUGAACUCUUAAUCGGAAUCCCGCAUAUUCGCUGUGAUAAUCAGCUAGUACAAACCUUUGGUUUUCAUUUUAAUAAAAAGAAAUGAAGUUCGCAGUGGAAUCUUUUUGGCUUUUUUGGCUGACAUCACUUGUUAGUGCUGCAACAACCUCAAACGUGACGAGUUCCGGACAGACCAGGAUUACUGGCCAGCUUUUACCAAUGGUUAUCAACACCUGGCCAUUUUCAGAUGCCAAUGAGGAGGCAUGGCGACUGCUCAACCUGAGCAAAGGUGGUAUUGGACAAACGAGAAACGCCGUUGUCGGCGGAAUUUCGGAGUGCGAAAGGCUGCAGUGCGAUAAGGCUGUGGGCUACGGUGGGAAUCCCGACGAGCGAGGAGAUACUUCUCUGGACGCCUUGCUCAUGGACGGUAGUACCAUGGACGUGGGUGCAGUAGCCUAUCUGCGGCGGAUUCGAAGUGCCAUUAAGGUAGCCCGUCAUGUCUUGGAAAACACGAGACACUCCCUAUUGGUGGGUAAUGGAGCCGAAGACUUUGCCAAUGCCAUGGGUUUCUCAAACGAGUCACUAAAUACUCCCGAAACCAGAGCCAUAUGGCAAAAUUGGACGGUCCAUAACUGUCAGCGAAACUUUUGGCAAAAUGUCUAUCCGGAUCCCAAAACUUCCUGUGGGCCCUACCAGCCCUUGACUUUAUUGGAUAAGGAUGCUAUUCAGAGCGAUCCGACCGAGAUAGGACCCAAUAACCACGACACUGUUACCAUGGCCGCCAUCGAUGUGGAAGGAAACAUCCACGUAGGCACAUCCACGAAUGGAUUACGUCAUACCAUACCCGGGCGUGUUGGAGAUGCUUCAAUUCCUGGUUCCGGUGCCUAUGCUGAUAACGAAGUGGGCGCCGCUAUUUCCACCGGAAAUGGUGACAUUCUCAUGCGCUUCCUCCCAUCCCUCCUAGCUGUGGAGGCCAUGAGGGCUGGUAAGACGCCGGCAGAGGCAGCCGACUUGGCUGUCCAGCGCAUCCGAAAGCGCGUUAAGAGCUUUGAUGCCGCCAUUAUAGCCGUUGAUCGCUUCGGAACAUAUGGGGUGGCAUGUCAUGGUACCUAUGUUUUCACAAAGGGAUUCUCCUACAUGGUCAGUAACCCUGCACAGCCGAAGCGUAAGGAAACGGUUGAUUGCACGACGGGUACUACUUCCGAUCACCAAGUUAUUUGGUAGGCGGAAUUUUUAAACCUAGUCUUAGUCUGAGUUUUUGUUACUUUUUACAUCAUCUAAAAAAUUUUCAGACAAGCUCAUACUAUACUAAUACUCUUACUUUACUAAUACCCUAAUAAACUUAUUUUUAUUUCACCGCCUAAGAAAAUCUGUACGUACUCUUACUAACCUUGCUCCGAUUUUUUGAAUUUUACUAGAACCAUUUUAGUAACAGCCUUUAGCUUACCAUUCGUCGACAUUUUUGUACUAUAUUUAUGGGUGGAGAGCACCACCAGCUAAAAAUACAAAACAAA